AUGUCGUGGAAAAUUAGCAAAACUGUGUUGCUGUAUAAAAAGGGAGAUCGAGGCGAUUUUGGCAAUUAUCGCCCAAGCUGCCUGCUGUCUGUAAUCUAUAAGCUUUUCACUCGCAUCAUUCUAAACAGGAUUGGCAGAAUAUUAGAUGAAGAACAGCCAUGCGAGCAGGCAGGGUUUAGUAAGGGUUCAGCACAAUCGAUCACAUCCACACUCUUACAAGUCCCAUUGAAGAUCGCGAGAGUACAAAAUGCCGCUGUCUUACGUCCAUCGAUUAAAGCCUUCGACACCGUCGAGACAGAAGCUGUAACAGAAGCUCUGGGCAACCAGGGUGUUCUUACUCAAUAUAUAAAGAUGCUGCGUGAGCCCUACGACAACUUUACGACCAGGAUUUCACCAUUCUACAAGGAAGUCAUUAUCAACGUGAAGAGAGGUGUCAGGCAGGGCGAUAUCAUCCCACCCAAACUUUUUCAGUACCACUCUCGAGAAUGUCAUGCGACUCAUGGAAUGGGAAGGCAUGGGAGUGAAGGUUGA